CUGGCAUCACUGCUGGGCACUGACUGGCACUACCGCUGGACACUGACUGGUGGCACUGACUGGCAGCACUGCUGGGCUGCCUGGUGGGUGGCACUGGUGGGCAGCACUGGUGGGUGGGCACAGGUGGGUGGGCACAGGUGGGUGGCACUGCUGGGCACAGGUAGGUGGCACUUCUGGGCACAGGUGGGUGACACUGCAGAGUGGCACAGGUGGGCGGAGCUAGUGGGCGCACUGCUGGGCACAGGUGGGCGGAACUUGCGGGUGCCACUGCUG